GUGAAGUUCACGUGAGCGGCGCCACUGAGGUUCAUCGAUAUAUACCUCCUUGAUAAUGUGUAACUUUUGAAAAAAUAAAAAAAAAAAUGGACGUCACCCUGUUAGCUUUUUUGGCAGUUGUAAUUCUACUUUUGAUUAUAAUUUGUACAGUAUAUCUGGGUCGAAGAUCCGUUGCAAAGAAGAAGCCGACCAAUGCGCAAGCUGUUCAAGAAAGACCUAUAAGGAGAGCAGCAGGUCAAAGAAAUGCCAGACGCCGUAUACAAGCCACUGUAACACAUCAGCCCCAAGAAGAUGAAGAUGCAUCAGGGAAUGAAGCAAAUGAUGAAGCUGAUGAGAAACCAGACCUAUCUGAUCAGAAGAUGGGAGCAAAGAAGCGAGCUAAAUUAGCUGCUAAAGCACAAAAGAAGGUAGAAAGAGAAGCAGCAGAAAGGGAUAGAGGGGAACGUAGGAAGAGGGAACAGCUGCUUCAAGAACAGAGGGAUAAACAAUCUGAAAAGGAACGUGAAGAGGAAUUAAAACAGGAAGAAGCUGAAAGGAAAGCCAGAGAGGAAAAGGAGAAGAAAGAAUAUGAAGAAUAUCUGAGGAUGAAAGAAGCUUUUAGCGUAGAAGAAGAGGGUUACGAUCAGGAAGAGAAAGAAGAUGAGGAAAAUCUAUUAGAACAAUUUUUACAAUACAUUAAGGACAAUAAAGUAGUAGUCCUAGAUGAUUUGGCUGCAAUCUUUAAUAUGAAGGCUUCAUGCGUGGUCGAAAGGAUUCAGGAGUUACAAGCAACUGGGAGCUUAACAGGAGUAAUCGACGACAGAGGGAAAUUCAUUUUUAUCUCUCCAGAAGAGUUUGAAGCAGUAGCGAAAUUUGUAAAACAACGUGGCAGAGUAAGCAUUUCAGAACUUGCAGAGAAUUCAAAUCGUUUGAUAAACCUAAUACCAGAGAACAAAGUCAGCAUGGUGGAAGCAAGAUAAAGAUCUCUAUCCGAGUUGUAAAAUAAUUAUGUUGCAAUAAAUCCGUAUAUUAUUAUAAGUGUGAUACAAGUAUCCAUCCAAUGUAAUAUAUACAUAGAUAAACAGAAAUAUUAUAUCUAAAAUUUUAUAUAAAAACUGUAGACUUUAUUAGAUUUUAUUUAAUUGUAAAUCAAUAUGUUUUUUAUAAUAUAAUAUCAAUCCACGUUA